AGAUGCAAAACAAUUAAAAACAAAUUUGAUUUGACAUUUGAAAACAAACACCACAAAGUGAGGUUAUGUGGCUCCAGCUUUAUUGCAGUACUGCCAACCCUAACAUUCUUUAAAAUUAAAGUUGGCAAUUUGUGUUUUUUAUUCAGAUCUUCCUGCCCCUUCAUUGGUUGAGCUAAACAAUGAAGAGGUCAUUGUCAUUUCAACCGUUUUCGGUGACAGAUAUUCGAAAUUGAAUAUGAAGAUAGAGCAAGAUAUAAUGCUGAAGAAAUUGAUUGAACCAAUGGUAACAAUUCCAGAAAAUUCUGAACUUUUCAUCCAAAGGCAAGAGCAGUCUUUUAUGAUUGAACAAAAUUCAGGGCUUUUGAAUUCUACAAUCUUCAUUCCGGAAGAACUUCAAAGAUUAAAUUGUGCCAUUCCACAAUUAAUCUAUUUACCACCAGUAAUGGAGAUUCCACCAAGUACCUGUGCUUACUGUCAACAUCUUAAUAAUUUCAAUCAAACAAUGCCAAAUGUGCAGUAUGUGAAUUUUCGUGCACUUCCAAGCUUAGAUAAAUAUUGUGCUGAUUUGCCGUUUACUGACAUGCUGACAUUUCAAUAUUUUUACAACUUGGGAAUAGAGUAUAGUGAAGGAUUUUAUGCAAACGCUGCCAAUUGUAGAGCAAACUAUAAUAAUAGAUAUAAGAAAGGAAGAAAGUUUAAAAAGUACUUUAAAAAUUCUACUUUCAAUAGAAAUUUUUGAAAAAUUUGUAUUUUGCAUAAAUAAUAGAAAAUAGGAACUUGUCUUUAAAAAAAAAGAAUGCAUUGUUAUAUUAAAAUGUUAAAACAAAAUAAAAGUUAGAUUUUUGAGUUUAUAA